GAUUUUUCCAACAGCGUGCUGCUGGAAAAAAAUUGAGAUUUUGUAAUUGGAUUCAGUCUUCAAUAACAACAAUAUAAAAAUAACAAAAAUGUCUGCUCCUCAAGCUCCUCAAACCGCUCAAGCCGUUAGCCUCACCAAGAAGACCAAGAAGUCUGGUGAUACUAUCAACUCUAAGUUGGCUUUGACUAUGAAAAGUGGUAAAUAUGUCUUGGGAUACAAGUCUACCUUGAAGGCUCUUCGCUCUGGAAAGGCUAAACUCAUUCUUCUUGCCGGCAACACACCUGCUCUUCGCAAGUCUGAGUUGGAAUAUUAUGCUAUGCUUAGCAAGUGCUCUGUUCACCAUUACAAUGGCUCAAACAUUGAUUUAGGUACCGCCUCUGGUCGUCUUUUCCGUGUUGGUGUUCUUGCAAUCAUGGACGCUGGUGAUUCCGAUAUCCUUUCUCAGUAAAAUCAACGAAUUAAGUUUCUGUUGUAAUUGUUAUUAUAAAAGUUACUGGUUAAAGGUUGAAAAAUAACUAGAAUAAGAUACAUUGGGAUUCACUUCAUUGUAUUUCUCUAAACAAUUUGGCGAUCAUAUGUAACCUUUGGGAGUUCCCUUUAAGAAAUCGAGUAAAUGAAUUGUAG